CUCACGAGUUUUUGACUUCGGUGCUACUAGUAGUUGGUCGGCUGCUUCGAACAGAGCCACAAUGAUGAAGGUAACGAGUAACAGGCGGAGAAGAAGAACGGGGGAAGUCAUGGACGAGGCAGAGGAGAGAGACACGUCCAGAAUUGGCCAGAGUAGACGAAAGUCAAGUCGACUCAGCCGAGGGAGCCUCCUUUCAUGGUUCACUUUGCUAGUUCUCGCUAUUGGCCUGGAGUUGGCGGCAGCGAAGGAGGAACAGCAAUCCAACUUUGAAUUAUCCGAGAUUGCCGAGUACUGUUUGGGUCCCAACAAUGACCACGCCGAGUGCUUUCGUCUGAUGCCAGUUCGUUUUCAGGGCGAUGAUGACGACAGCGAAAAUGAGCUUUCUGUCAAAGUCGACAGCUCAGUCGACCUGGGACGUGUAUGCUUGGAGGUUAUCGAGACAAACGACGGCGACAAAGAGUUGGAGGUCAGCUACGAACUUGGAGACGGAUGGACAAUGACAGAAGGCCACUUUUGGCUCGGUACGAGUGUCAGCGCUGCCCCAUUGAUGCUGCAUUAUACCCAUGACGGCGACAACAAUGGCAAAGGUGUUGGGCACAAGCUACCUGAUGCUACCCGUUUCCGUUUCCACACUGAUAUGGAAAACUUACCCGAUCCGAGUCUGCAAACUACCACCUAUUGGAACGAAGUUGUGCAAGCUACGAACGAAGUAGUCUGCCACCCCAGUGGGGAUGAGACGCCUGAAGAGACGGGGAUGCGUGUCUUUGCAGCCCAGGCCGUCGUGUGGAACCAGGAAGAUGACAUUCAUGUCAAGACGUUUGCAGCGUUACAUCCUGAGAACAGCUUUGCCGCCCUGGAAGAUUACUUCAUUCUUUGUGCUUGUCCUGGUACCACCGUGGAAACAGCUGACGGUGGAGGUGGUGCGCCGAGCGGUGAAGAUUUGAUGGAACAGAUAGAAGAAGAACACAAGGGCGAAAAGUUCUCUCUCAACAACUUGAUGCAUGCUGAAGACGAGCUAGCUGAGACAUUGCAGAAGGAAGAGAAGGAGGAAGAGAAACAUGAAGAGGAGGGGGAAGAACAGGAAGAGAAGGAGGAACAGGAACAGGAACAGGAGGAACAAGUACAAGAAAAGAGCAAUGAAAACACCACUCCACCCUCUCCAGACUCCAAAGACUUUGACGAAAUCCAGGAGGGACACAUGGACCAUCACAGCAGUGACGAAGAUGAAGAGAAUCACGAGGAUGGACCUGUGGUAAUGGUCAAAGCCGACGAGCUGGAAGUGACCACAUCGUUCAUUGUGAUAAUGCCGGACCAGAAACACUAUGUGGACAUGUUGUUGGACGAAGACGCUCUUCACAAGACGGAGGAGCAGAUUGAAGCCUCUCCAGAAUUGCACCAAGCUUGGCACACUUUUGUGGAGCAGCUCAUGAGUGACUUCAACAUUCCGUCUGUCAACGCCAGUGAGGCAACCAAUCAUGCUCGUCGCCGUGAUCUGGGAGGACGACGUAGCCUCAAGGCAGUCAAUGUCGAAUGGAUUGAAGACAGUCCUGAUCUGUUUCGGUUCCUCAUCACCACACCAUGUCCAGCCAAUGUCUUGUCAGAUCGUCGUAUUGACAUGGGCAGCAGUCCCAAGGACUUGCGUACGGAUGGGUCUUCGUCCAAGGCCACCUGCUACAAGGCAUUCGGCAAGUACAAGGUGCUGCAAUUGGAAACAGCUGAUGGCGACACAGGCGGCAGUGGUAGCGAGGACGAGCCAUCGAGCGACUACACUCUGGAUGAGGGUAAAUCGCGGCAAGAAGUCUGCUACGAAAUCUUCCAUAUGACACGACAGGAGCUUGCCAAGCACACCUUUGAGCAAGACUUGCCGGAAGACCUACCCUUUAGUAUCUACGGUGGGAAACCGGAAUCUUGUUUGCCAACGGGAUAUUCCACGACUGUUCCCAGACCAGAUGAAGUACCCUCGUUGGACGAAGAAAUGCUGCACUUGAUGGAAGACCACCGUCAUCCUCACCGCAAAAAGCAAGCCCUGUACGAGCUGCACAAGGACGAUGGAAGCUGGGACAUUUUGCGAGUUGCAGAAUUUGUCGCAUACUUGACAACGUCCAUGGUUAUGAUGGGCCUGUGCGUUCUUGUCUAUUGUUGGUUCUUACCUAAAAUCGACGCCGAAAGUCGUAACCGAGUGACAGACGAUUGGAGCCAACCUUCUUUGAGACCACAACCGAUUGUAUCACAACGACCGAAAAGCGAAGCAGACUACUUUCCAUGGUUAGAGUGAUCUUCUUGUUCAUUGUUCACCAUCCGCGGGACCGAUACAUUUCCAACAAGCCGGUACGGCUAAUAGUCGUAGAUUUUUUUGCGUUUGUUUCUGAGCUCUGGACGCACCCAACCGGAGGGUAUGUAGAUAGCUGAGCCCCGGUCCAAAAGCUGGAAAUACAAGUCUGGACUGCAGUGCCUGGAGUGGACGGACCCACAAUAGGAACUGCCUGCAUUACGUUGCAUGAAAUCUUUUAUAUGAAUUACUUUUUUUCUGUUUUUUCUUAA